AUGCCGGGGGCCAGCCUCAGCAAUGAACAGGGUUACCAGAGGAGGGGUAGAGUUCGGCGAAAAAAGAAUGAGCGCCAGCCACAGCCAUAUUGCAGGAGUGCCAGGCUGCCUCGAAGGUCACAGAACCUUCCACUGAAGGUGUGCCUCUGGGACUCUCCCAUGAGGAUGCCAGCCUGGGACACAGCAGCUUCCCUGGAGGCCACCCCUGGUGACCAUAUGCUCGUGGAGAAACACGGUAAGCAGCAGGAUUUCAGAGAUAGUAACUGUGAAACCAUAUUUUAUACGGGCGGAAACAAAAGCCCGAGUAAAGGCGAUUUGCCCAGGGUCACAGGGCCGGGGCGCACGGUGCUCGCCAGCCCUGGGAGCGGUGGGUCCUCCUGGCACGAGGGUGGGGAGGAGGCAGACGCGGCCGGAAUCGGCCCCACUACUGCGCUCCGCGUGCAGCCGACUGCUGGCGCACCUGCCACGGCUGCAGCCACCGCCUCGUGGACCGUCCCAGAGUUUGCUGCCCUGACAGGACUCCAAGUGAAGACCGUAGGCCAGACGACCGCAGACGUGCCCCGGACCAUGGUGGGGGUCAAGAUCUUCUCAGCGGGAGUGGCGGCCUGCUUGGCAGAUGUAAUUACCUUCCCGCUGGUCGCGGCCAAAGUUCGGCUGCAGAUAGAGAGCGAAAUCCAAGGUGAAUGCCAGACCUCCAGUGCCAUUAGGUAUAAAGGUGUCCUGGGAACAAUCACUACUCUGGCAAAAAAGGAAGAGCCAAUGAAACUCUAUAGUGGGCUGCCUGCUGGCCUUCAGAGACAAAUAAGCUUUGCCUCUCUUAGGACUGGCCUCUAUGAUAUGGCCCAGGAGUAUUCCACUGCAGAGAAAGAAAGUAACAAUUUAGAAAGCAAGAUCGCUGCUGGCUUAAGGACUGGAGGAGUGGCAGUGUUCACUGAACCCACAGAGGUCGUGGAGGCUAGACUUCAAGCACAGAGCCAUCUACAUGGUCUCAAACCGUGCUACACUGGGACUUACAAUGCUGACAGAAUCAUAGCAACAACAGAAGGCUUGACAGGUCUUUGGAAAGGGACUACUCUCAAUCUGACAAGAAAUAUCAUCAUCAGUUGUACAGAGCUAGUAACAUAUGACCUGAUGAAGGAGACCUUUGUGAAAAACAACCUACUAGCAGAUGACGUGCCCUGCCACUUAGUGUCUGCUCUUAUCGCUGGAUUUUGCACAAUGGUUCUGUCCUCUCCAGCAGAUGUGGUGAAAACCAGAUUUAUUAAUUCUCCACCAGGAUACUACACGAGUGUACCCAAAUGCGCAGUGACCAUGUUCACCAAGAAAGGACUGCCGGCUUUUUUCAACGGGCUUGUGCCUUCCUUCUUGCGACUGGGAUCCUGGAACGCCAUUAUGUUUUUGUGCUCUGAACAGCUGAAACAAGAAUUGAUGAAGUCAAGGCAGACUAUGGGCUGUACCACAUAACCGGCUUCAGGAAAAAAAUGUAACAAUCCCAGUGGGAAUCGCUGCU